AUGGCAGACGAAGACCUCAUUUUUCGCCUGGAAGGUGUUGAUGGCGGCCAGACCCCCCGGGCUGGUCACGAUGGUGAUUCCGAGGCAGACAGCGACGAUGAGGAAAGUUACUUCAUCUGCCCCAUCACUGAUGACCCUAGGUCACACCAGAAUGUCAAUUCCAAAGUUAAUAACUACUACAGCAACCUAACGAAGAGCGAGCAGUAUGGCUCCAGUGGGUCCCCUGCAAGCUCCUUCCACUUUAAGGAAGCUUGGAAGCAUGCAAUUGAGAAGGCCAAGCACAUGCCUGACCCCUGGGCUGAGUUCCACCUGGAGGAUAUUGCCACAGAAUGUGCCACACGUCACAGUCACUACUCCUUUACCCCAACGCCCUUUGGCCGAGGAGCUAUGAGGGAGUGCUUCAGGACGAAGAAGCUCUCCAACUUCCUGCACACCCAGCAGUGGAAGGGGGCCUCCAACUACGUGGCAAAGCGCUACAUCGAAUCUGUGGACAGGGACGUGUACUUCGAGGAUGUGCGUCUACAGAUGGAGGCCAAGCUCUGGGGAGAGGAGUAUAAUCGGCACAAGCCCCCCAAGCAGGUGGACAUCAUGCAGAUGUGCGUGGUGGAGCUGAAGGACAGACCAGGCAAGCCUCUCUUCCACCUGGAGCACUAUAUCGAGGGCAAGUACAUCAAGUACAACUCCAACUCGGGCUUUGUGCGUGAUGACAACAUGCGCCUGACGCCACAGGCCUUCAGCCACUUCACAUUUGAGCGUUCCGGGCAUCAGCUGAUUGUGGUGGACAUCCAGGGUGUGGGCGACCUCUACACCGACCCGCAGAUCCACACCGAGAAAGGCACUGACUUUGGAGAUGGCAACCUAGGUGUCCGGGGGAUGGCGCUCUUCUUCUACUCUCAUGCCUGCAACCGGAUUUGCAAGAGCAUGGGCCUCGCUGCCUUUGACCUCUCACCAAGAGAGAGGGACACUGUGAAUCAGAACACCAAGCUGCUGCAAUCAGCCAAGACCAUCUUGAGGGGGACAGAGGAGAAGUGUGGGAGCCCCCGAGUAAGGACCCUCUCUGGGAGUCGCCCCCCCCUGCUCCUUCGCCUUUCAGAAAACUCUGGAGAUGAGAACAUGAGUGACGUGACCUUUGACUCUCUCCCUUCUUCCCCGUCUUCGGCCACACCACACAGCCAGAAACUGGACCACCUCCAUUGGCCUGUGUUCAGUGACCUUGACAACAUGGUACCCCGAGACCAUGACCAUCUGGACAAUCACCGGGACUCUGAGAACAGUGGGGACAGCGGAUACCCCAGUGAGAAGCGGGGUGAGCUGGAUGACCCAGAGCCCCGAGAACAUGGCCACUCAAACGGUAACCGGAGGUACGAGUCUGACGAAGACAGCCUGGGCAGCUCCGGACGGGUGUGCGUGGACAAGUGGAAUCUCCUCAACCCCUCCCGCCUCCACCUGCCCAGACCUUCUGCCGUGGCCCUGGAAGUACAAAGGCUUAACGCUCUGGACCUUGAAAAAAAAAUCGGGAAGUCCAUUCUGGGGAAGGUCCAUCUGGCCAUGGUGCGCUACCACGAGGGCGGGCGCUUCUGCGAGAAGGACGAGGACUGGGACCGCGAGUCGGCCAUCUUCCAUCUGGAGCACGCGGCCGACCUGGGCGAGCUGGAGGCCAUCGUGGCCCUGGGGCUCAUGUGCUCACAGCUGCCCCACCACAUCCUGGCCGACGUCUCUCUGAAGGAAACAGAAGAGAAUAGAACUAAAGGAUUUGAUUACUUACUGAAGGCAGCUGAAGCUGGUGACAGACAGUCCAUGAUCCUGGUGGCUCGGGCUUUUGACACUGGCCAGAACCUCAGCCCAGACAGGUCCCGAGACUGGCCAGAGGCUCUGCGCUGGUACAACACUGCGCUGGAGAUGACAGACUGUGAUGAGGGCGGGGAGUAUGAUGGGAUGCAAGAUGAGCCUCGAUACACGCUGCUGGCCAGGGAGGCCGAGAUGCUGUUUACCGGCGGCUGUGGGCUGGAGAAGGACCCGCAGAGAUCAGGUGACUUGUACACACAGGCAGCCGAGGCAGCGAUGGAAGCCAUGAAGGGCCGGUUGGCCAACCAGUACUACCAGAAGGCGGAGGAAGCCUGGGCCCAGAUGGAGGAAUAG